AUGACAUCCCCUCUCGACGUACAUUUUCACUGUGAACACCAUCGAUAUGGGCAAGAGAGUUCCCUGCAGGAUAUCACCUUAUAUUUUCCACGGCUCCUUGCGAAGACUAAUUAUUUGUCAAGUGUCUGGAUAAUUUUCAUCCACGGUGGCGCAUGGCGUGAUCCGGAGAUUACGUCCACCUCGAUUCAACCGACGCUGCAAUCACUUGUUUCCAAAUACGGCCCCGGAACUUUGCGUUCAGUCGCCGCUUUCGCAUCAAUCAACUAUCGUUUGACCGCGCAUCCUAAUUUUCCCCAGGAUCCCAGUACGACAGAACCAACCCAUUUGCGUAAUGCAGCUCACCCUGAUCACCUCAAUGACGUGCAGCGUGCAAUUGUUUAUUUACAGGAUAAGUACGGAUUUGGGGAAAGGUACAUUCUAGUAGGACACAGUUGCGGCGCCACUCUUGCUUUUCAAACUGUGAUGGGGAAAGUACCGAAAAUGGGACCUGAAAAUAGCGACAAUAUUCCAGAAAAAAUUGCACGUCCCAUAUCGGUAGUGGGAGUGGAAGGGAUCUAUGAUCUUUGUGCGCUCCGCGAUACUUUUGCAGAGUGUCCCAUUUACCAGGAGUUUAUCGAGGCUACGUUUGGCACUUCCGAAGACGUUUGGGAUGGAGUUUCGCCUGCAAAGGCUGCAGGGCAAGCUGGUAUUGAAGGCGGGUGGCAAAACGGCAGGCUGGCAGUGCUAGCUCAUUCCACGGCUGAUGAACUGACUGACAUGGGCCAGUUCAGAGCUAUGGCGGAAGUAGUGGAGAGGUGGAGAGAAGCGAAUACCCAAGAACGAAAGAAGGGCGUACUUCUCCUAGAUGACCUGAAAGAGGGUCAUGAUGAAGUCUGGAGUAAAGGGGAUGAACUGGCUCGAGUUAUUGCCGAGACGAUCGGUGAGCUAGCGAGAUUGGAGCAAGAGUGA